UUUGAUUUGGGGUGGCAGGAAGGUCCCUAUGGAGAAAGAAUAAAUUGAGAUUUUCCCUAAAAUCCCAGACUCCAGAGACUGGUUGAUUCCUGAUUUCAGAAGAGACCAUGAAGUGUGAGGGCAGAGGCAUGUCAGCCCUGCUGGCCCUGCUCCUGGGGGCUGCGCUCUACCCAGAAGUCCUCAGCCACCCGGAGGGAACCACCGAGCCGGACACGGUGACCUGGGCAGACAGUGAUAACAUCACUUUGAUGGGAGCCCUCAGUCUAGCCCGCAGCAACACCGACUUCGCCUUCAGUCUCUACAAGGUCUUGGCUUCCCAGCAUCCCGAAACCAACGUCAUCUUCUCCCCACUCUCUAUCUCCAUGGCCUUGGCCUUCCUGGCACUGGGGGCCCGUGGCCACACCCAGACCGAAAUCCUACAGGGCCUCAAGUUCAACCUCACCGAGAACCCCGAGGCCGACAUCCACCAGGGCUUCCAGCAGCUACUGAGACAUCUGAGCCGGCCUGGCGGGCCCUUGCAUAAGAAUGUGGGUAGUGCCAUGUUCCUAGACCAGCAGCUGCGCCUGCAGGAGCAUUUCCGUCAGGAGGCCCAGGCGUUGUACGCCGCCGAUGCUGUCUCCACAGACUUCCAGGAUCUCGCAACCUCAGAGAAGCUCAUCAACGAUUACGUGGAGCAGAAAACCAAGGGGAAAAUCAAGAAGCUGGUCAAGGGCCUGGACGCACAAACCAGGAUGGUCUUGGUGAACUUCCUCUUCUUCAAAGCCAAAUGGAAGUCGGCCUUCAACCCCAAUGACACGUCCAUGUCAAGUUUCCACGUGAGCGAGAGCAGGAAGGUGGAGGUGCCCAUGAUGGCUUCCGAGAACCUGUGGGAGCCCUAUUUCCGGGAUGAUGCUCUUGGCUGCACUGUGGUGCAGCUCCCAUACAGGGACAACAGCACCUGUGCCCUCCUCAUCCUCCCUGAUGAGGGUCACAUGGCUGAGGUGGAGGCUGCACUGCUCCCAGACACCCUCCAACGCUGGAGGAACUCGAUGAAGGCGAGAAAUAUAGGCCUGAGGCUGCCGAAGUUCUCCAUCUCCGGGAACUACAACCUGAAGCAAGUCCUGUCUCAGUUGGGCAUAAGCAACAUCUUCUCCCCAGAGGCAGAUUUCUCAGGCGUCACAGAGGAUGAGAAACUGAGUGUCUCCCAGGCGGUCCACAAGGCCACGAUGGAUGUGGCUGAAGAAGGCACCGAGGCCGCGGCUGCUACGGGGAUGAAUCUAGUCAUUCGGCGACGACCGAUAAUCCUUACUGUGAGCUUCGACAGGCCCUUCCUGGUGGUCCUUCUGUCUCAGGACACACAGGGCAUCCUCUUCCUGGCCAAAGUCGUGAACCCUCAGCAGGACUGAGAUUCCCUGGGUUGGGGUCUGGCCCGAGGAGUCAGCUCAGCCUACAUGGGCCUGUUCCCUCCUGGGUCACCUCCCUGGGGCUGUGCCCAGUAUGGGGGCUAUGGUGAGAGCAAUAAACAUCUUUCUCACAGCAA